UACAUUUAACAGUUUCACACCACACAAAUUGACAAUGACGUUGUUUCUUUAACCAAUCAGACUUUGAGUUGGCAACAAGCUAAAGUAAAAUGACAAUUACGACAACCUCAGCUCAUACUGAGAGGGUUUGACACACGAGCUGCUUUUUCGAUAUGAUAAACUUGGACUUUAUAUAAGAUCUGUAAAUGCAACAUUCGUCAAUUUUGAACUGCUUGGUACUGUCACAUAAUAUUGAACAGAAUCAAUCAACUCAACUCAAGCCAACUCUGUUGAGUGAGCAAAGGGAUUGUAUAUUCAAGCUGCGCUUCAUACUUUUAACCACUAGACGCCACCAAAAAUGAUUGUAUUGAAAAGCUUCAGGAAACGAAGCCUUUUUGAUUUAAGCUUCAGUGUUUCAUUUUACCAUCAUGUCUUUAAAACACGAAAGAAGAAGAAAAGAACUCCAAAACACUACAAGACCGAAAUCACAUUAUUUAGCAACAUGAAAGGACUUUGUGGUGAUGUUCUGUAUUUUGCCUUUCAUCUUCUCAUAGCAUGUUGACCCCACAUCUUUCUGAUUGUGGAGCUGCGUAGCAACUUAAUUCCAAAAUGUCUUUCGAUUAUUAUGAGACGCUUGAGCUCAACAGAAAUGCAACAACUGCAGAUAUUAAAAAAGCAUAUCGGCGGCUUGCCUUGAAGUUUCACCCAAGCAGCAACACAGAAGCAGGAAGCAGCGAGAAGUUCACACAACUGAGUGAAGCCUACGAUGUGCUGAGUGACCCUUGUAAGAAAGCUACAUAUGACAAGUUUGGUGAAGAGGGUCUGAAAGGUGGAAUUCCAACAGAGUAUGCCGCAGGUGGAGCAUGGUCAUCGAAAUAUACCUACCAUGGUCAACCGGAGAAAACAUUCAGGCAGUUCUUUGGAGGAAACAACCCAUUUUCAGAUUUUCACACUACUGACGCACCACUAAGGUUGGGUGGUCUGAAGCAGGUAGUGCUCAAGACACAAGACCCCCCGGUAGAGAAGGACCUCCAGCUGACCCUGGAGGAGCUUUACCACGGAUGCACAAAACGGAUAGAGAUCUCUCGCAGGGAAUUGGCUGAUGAUUCAGAAAUUUCAAGCAUCAAAAAGAAGGUUCUCUGUAUAGAUGUCAAACCUGGAUGGAAGGAAGGCACACGGAUCAUCUUCAACAAGGAGGGAGAUCAGGGGCCGAACAACAUCCCUGCAGAUAUUGUGUUCAUAGUGGUUCAGAAGAUUCAUCCUCGGUUUGUUAGAGAAGACAAUGACCUGAUCUACACAGCCCGCAUUUCUCUGGAGAUGGCUCUGACUGGAUUCUCUGUGGAUGUAAAGACACUGGAUGGCAGAAUACUUACUAUACCCAUCAACGACAUUGUGCAUCCUUCAUAUAAAAAAGUAGUGUUUGGAGAAGGAAUGCCUCUAUUCCAGGACUCUGUACAAAAAGGAAACCUCAUCAUUACCUUUGACAUCCAGUUUCCUGAAAAGCUCUCACCGGAGCAAAGGUAUCUGACCAAAAAAGCUCUGAAGUCAUGAACCCUAGAUACUGGGUAAGUCUAAGAAAUAUAGGAGGAAUCUAUGAUAAUCCAGGAGGUUUCCAAUAAUAGGAAUAUAGAUGGCAUGAAAUGCCUCUAUAAACUUACUGAACAAACCCUGACCUGCAGUCUGUGCAGGGAAGCAUUUCUACUGGUUUCUGUGGCAGUCUCCAGAGGUGUCAGCCAACCAGGAUGUGAUCUCUGUGAGAAAUUCACAAAGACACAUGGUACAGCCUAAAAUGUUUUGCACAUACGAGAACUGAAGAGUCUCUCUGUGAUGUCAGAACUCAACUUUACUUUCCUCAAUUCAAGAAAGGUCUUUAACGUAUCCCGAAGAAAAAAACGAAACAUUGAAGGAACUGUGACUUUAAGGAGAACCACUUGUCCUUCAGACCAAUCCCAUCCUCCCUGCUCUCAUUGGCUGACAUCAACAUGGACAUACAUUCCUUCAAUGCCGCUGCUAAUCUUACAUGUGGAGAACAUGGCCAGGCCUCUGAGUCAUCUGAUGUGCAGGACAGGCAGACAUGACUAAAGAAACACAGAAAUGAAAUUGCUGUUUGAGACAUUUUGGUUUUUACCAUGACCACAGCUGUUACUUGUUAGCCACAACCUCCGCAGUAGUCUGACGUUCACAAAAUCUGACAUUGUUUAACACUAACUGUAGUUUAGCUGUGCCUAGGUGACAGAAUGAGUGGAGCAACUGACAUACUCAAAAUCUAAAGUGAAAACUGUAGCGUUUGUACUUUAGAUUUUCAGGUUUAGUAAAUUAGCAAAUUUACUCUUAGUUUUUCACCAUGCAGACGUUUCUGCUUUUCUUGUAACUUAUUGUGUAUGUACAUAUAUUAUUGUAUUUUAGAUUGAAUAAAUUCUACAAACCAUUCUUUAUAUGCUGUUGGAAGUGUAAGUUAAGACAUCCUUGUUUAUGUUGUUUAUGUUUCCAUGUUAGUUUACAGACACCCUGGACUUCAACUAACCAAAGUCUGAUAUCUGAGCAACAC